AUGAGCAAGACCAAGUCAGUCGCUGAUUGGGUUUUACAAGUAAGUUUGUUUUAUUAGGACAACAGUUUGAAAAUGAAGUUUUUUGUUUCUAAAAUCUGAUAUGACAUUCUUGUUUCAUCAGAAGUGGAAUGUAAACUUCAAUUCAAAUAUAACUUUGUUUUAUAAUUAAAAAAUAUAAUAGUUUUAACGUUUCCAUACAAAGCCUUUUCCAGUACCCGAGCAAGAUCGUGAUCCACAACAAGAGACAAAAGAUCGCUCGCUACCUUUUCCGAUAUGAACCAUGCCAGGUCGUUUUCUUAGCUUCUCUGGUCAUAUGUCUGUUUUUGAUGCAGUCGAACUACUUCAUUAGUGUCUCUCUGAUGAUGUUGAACUACAAAAGGUUCAGAUUCGACUUGGAGAACGUGGCAUACGACAAGAUAAACUUCACCAAGGACUGGCACAGACACUUUUGUUUGUACGACGAGGCCUGGUACGGGAACGUGACUGUUGUGGUAGGUUUUUGAUUUUGAAAAUAUAGACAUUGAAUGUUUUAUUGGGUUUGGGUAUGGUGAUUUUGGUUUGGAAAAUAUUUUUUAAAUCCACUCCUUUUCCCUCUGAACUGUUUGAAGGUAUUUCUAGCUUACCUUCGUAUCUUUCAGGAUUUCUGCAAAAAUUACAAUGACUCCAGUCAUGCCGUCAUCUUCAUAGAACAAAAAGUAUUACCACAUUCACCUGUCGCUUGUGCCGACAAAGUCUCCAUGGUAAGUUAACAUGGUUUUGUCAUGAACUAACAAAAAGCUCAAAGAAAUCUUACAAAAUCAUGUUACAAACAUGUUUUAGGUUCCGUGCUUCGAAAUCCUGAAGACUGCUUACAUCCCUCCUAAAAGAAGUGUUACCAAAACUUGUCUUAACACAAACGACGUUCGAACAACGAAUUGGACGAUGGAGGAGUUGAUUCAACGUCGAGCCGUGCCAACAAUCACAAAUGAAGACAUAGAAAAUCUCUAUAACAUAACCGUCCUUGCCCAUCAACUGGUGGUUACUUGUCCGGUGUAGGUUAUGUGAUUCAGUUCAAUACCUUUUCCAAUUUUGAUACAUUUUGAACGAUUUUUUAUUCUUUCAAAUCUUGUUGUUGCAAUUUGUUGUUUUUCCGUCCAGAAUCACUUGAGGAUCCAUCUGAUUUCAGAUGUUACAAACGAUACAAAGACGUGCGAUUGGACGAAGGACAGUGUUAUAGCAUCCUCUACAAGCAUGCACCUGGCUUUCCUAAUGAAUACAAUUCCUGUGGACGACCAACUCCUAGUGAGAACAGUGCUUUCCAAGAAUCGAUGGAGAACAAAACUCUUUGCACUCUGAUCGAGUAA